AUGCGUCUUCUUUCUGUCUCUUUGCUGUUCGGGGGCUUGGCAACCCUCGUCCACGCCGCCAGUUUUGCAGACCUCGCUGCUCAAUUGCCUGCUUGUGGUGCAUGCGUCGCCACGAACUGCACGGUCAAAGAAUCCUUGACGUUGGUGAGGGUCCAGAAUCUCGCAUGCGGCGUCGCCGUACCAAGUCAACAAAACAAAUUCAAGAUCAACGCCGUUGUCGCCUGUGUCCUGGCCGAGAUUUGUGUCAUCUUGCGGAUAUUCUCGAAGCUUAGAAUCAUGGGCAAGCUUGGAAUGGACGAUUAUUGCAUCCUGGUGGCAGGAUUCGCUACAAUCCCGUACCUCUACCUCCACUGGACGCUGGCUGAUCUUGGUUUCGGCUUGAACAUAUGGGACAUCCAACCGUUCGGCAAUCUAUAUGAGCUUCUCAAGCGAUUCUGGAUCGACCAGAUGUUGUACAGUCUCCAUCUUUACAGCACCAAGAUCUCAAUCCUCUACUUCCUAAGUAGUAUCUUCACAUCACCUCUGUUCAGAAAAAUCACCACGGGGAUGUUAAUCUUUGUUGCGGUGAGCGGCGCUGCGACAUUGAUCACGACGGGGUUACAAUGCCUACCAGCGUCUUACAACUGGACCGGCUGGGAUGGUGAGCAUGUGGGCCACUGCAACAACCUAAACUCGCAGACUUACGCCUUUGGCGCGAUCAACAUGGUGUGCGAUCUUGCCAUUCUCAUCAUGCCGCUGCCGGAGCUGUACAAACUGCAGGUCAAGGGUCGCCAAAAGAUUCAAUUAUUCGUCAUGUUCAGUCUCGGGAUCAUCGUCACUGUAUUUAGUGUCAUCCGUCUGCCGUUCCUCAUCACCCUUGGCAAGACGUCAAACCCGACAUGGGACUACGUCGAGGUUACCAUCUGGUCAAUCUGGGAAACCGAACUGGGCAUGAUUUGUGCAAGCUUGCCGGCCAUUCGCCACCUGUUCAAGCACAUGUGGCCGAACGCGCUGAGCACGAUUGCCGCCAAGAUGAGCUCGUUCAGCCGUACCGGAGAUACAGGAACUGAUAAGAGCGGCAGCUGGAACGGUAGCCGGAAAGAUCGGUCAAAAGUCGACAACAACGACUACCAUGAGCUGGACGAGCGAUCUCUCAUUGGAAAGGGACCAGACGGUGCAAGUGCCACGGCCGUGCAGGUGUAA